AUGGAAUGCAAAGUUUGCAGCAUACAAGAAGAUUUACAAGGAAAAUGCCACAUAAUUGAAAUCUCUUAUAAGUGGUGUAUUACCUGUCGGAUGGGAAAAUGCUCUGCCGGUGAUGCGAUACAAAAUUUAUCGCAACAAUGUCUAAAAGCACUAGCAAAAGUUCUCCCGGGACUCCUUGGAGGCAGUGCGGAUCUUGCUUCCUCCAACAUGACUCUUCUAAAAUCAUCCGGAAAUUUCCAAAAGGAAACCCCCAAAGAACGAAACAUCCGGUUCGGAGUCCGGGAACACGGAAUGGGAGCGAUCUACAACAGAAUCGUUCUCCACACACCCGGACUCAUCCCAUACUGUGCAACUUUCUUCGUUUUCACCGAUUACAUGAGAGCCGCCAUGAGACUGGCGGCCUAUCAGGAUCGAGAGUCAUCUACGUGA